AUGCAGCUGCUGCGCAGGAUCGAGGCCGCCGAGGAUGUCAUCAAGUUCCCCCGGGAGACGGAGGCCGCCGAGGAUGUCAUCAAGUUCCCCCGGGAGACGGAGGCCGCCGAGGAUAUGCAGCAAUAUGCCAAGCCGAAGACGACUGCAUCUGCAGCGCCGGGGCCUGGAAUCCCCGCUGACGAGAGCCGGAGGGAGAUGACGGACAAGUACCGCAUCUGCGUCGCCGGGGCCUGGGAUACCCCCGCUGACGAGAGCCGGAGGGAGAUCGCGGACAAGUACCGCAUCUGCGUCGCCGGGGACGACGACUGGUGGCUGUACGGCAACAGCUACUACCACAUCGUCUGCUUCAACGCACGAGGCCGUCGCCAGAUGCAACUAGGCUUUACGGCGUCGGCAUCCCCGACCACCAGACCUGCCUUUUACGGCGUCGACCUGCCUUUCACGGCGUCGACAUCCCCGACCACCCCGGGGUCCGUCAAGGCUCGGCUGCCAGCCGUCAGGGCGGCAUCACAUGAGCGCCGUCGGGGCGGCACCACAACAGCCUCCGUAUUCGCGUACGCGAGUACGUAG